UUGUGCCAGAUUUAAAAAAUUAUUUUAUAUUCAGAAGUUGCUUCUUGCUUAAAUAACAAAAAGAGAGAAUUAUAUCUCACUCAGGAAUGCCGUUUAAAAAAGCAGGGAGACAGGGAGAUUCAAAACCGUCGGAGUAGAGAUUUCAUUCAGGCUUAGUUCAGGGUGGCUCCGCAAAACAGGGUGAGAGGUCAGGAAAAGGGGACCUUUUCCUCUCUCUCUUUGCCCUUCCCCCCUCUUCUGACAUGCCAACCCAGCAGUCGGCAGCGUAGCAGCUGCGCAAAGGGUCCUGGUCUUAUUUUAGGCUCAUUCUGAAGCCCCAGGAUGGAGUUUGAGCUCAUGGAGAAUGAUAUCCUGGAGUCGCUGGAAGACCUGGGGUGUGUAUCAGAACAAACCUGUGUUGGCAUUUUACAAAGGCCCAUUGUUAGAAGAUGGAGCUCUAACUCAGGCAGUUUCUGGUGGAGCCAGUUCCCCUGAAUUUACCAAACUCUGUGCUUGGCUAGUGUCAGAAUUAAGGUUAUUUUGCAAAUUAGAAGAGAACGUACAAGCAACUAACAUGUUUGGAGGUCCAAGUGAAGCAGAUGAAUUCCAACUUGAAAUGAGCGGACUGCUUGGUGAAAUGAACUGUCCAUAUACAACACUAAUAUCGGGAGACGUUACAAAGCGCCUUCUCAAUCAGAAAAACUGCCUUUUGCUGCUCACAUACCUCAUUUCAGAAUUAGAAGCUGCUCGAAUGCUGUGUGUGAAUGCUCCUCCGAAAAAAGCCCCGGAAGGUGGUGGUAGUGAAGUCUUUCAAGAGCUUAAAGGCAUAUGUAUUGCUUUAGGCAUGUCCAAGCCUCCAGCGAACAUAACUAUGUUCCAAUUCUUCAGUGGAAUAGAAAAAAAAUUAAAAGAAACAUUAGCGAAGGUUCCACCAAAUCAUGUAGGAAAACCUUUACUGUCGAAACCACUUGGUCCAGUUCAUUGGGAAAAAAUUGAAGCUAUUAAUCAAGCCAUAGCCAAUGAAUAUGAAGUCCGGAGAAAAUUAUUAGUGAAGCGUCUGGAUGUGACUGUCCAGUCAUUUGGCUGGUCAGACAGAGCAAAGAGCCAAACCGAGAAAUUGGCUAAAGUCUAUCAGCCAAAACGUGCCAUCUUAGCAACCAAAAGUACAGUUUCUGUUGCUCACCUCCUAGCAGCUCGGCAAGACCUGUCGAAGAUUAUGAGAACUAGCAGUGGGUCUAUCAGAGAGAAGACUGCCUGUGCUAUUAAUAAGGUGUUAAUGGGCCGAGUACCUGACAGAGGUGGGAGACCCAAUGAAAUUGAGCCACCGCCUCCUGAGAUGCCACCAUGGCAGAAAAGACAAGAUGGUCCGCAGCAGCAAAGUGGUGGAGGAAGAGGUGGAAGAGGAGGCUAUGAGUCAUCAUAUGGUGGCCGUGGAGGUUAUGAACAAGGGAGUCAUGACAGAGGAAGCCGAGGAGGCUAUGACCAAGGAGGCUAUGACAGAGGAAGCAGAGGAGGAUAUGACUCGUCCUAUGGAAGCCGUGGAGGUCAUGAACACGGGGGUCAUGAACGAGGAGGGCGAGGACGUGGUGGUUAUGAUCAUGGAGGCAGAGGGGGAGGAAGAGGAGGCAAGCCUCAGGGAGGCUGGACUGAAGGUGGAGGAAGUGGCUAUCAAGAUGUCAGUUAUAGAGAUACUAAUUACAGAGACACAGGCUUUCAAACUGGAGGUUAUCACGGUGGUGGCAGCUACCAAGGAGCUGGCUAUGGUGGCUAUCAAUCUUCAUAUUCUGGAAGUGGAUAUCAAGGUGGUGGCAGCAACUACCAACAAGACAACAGAUACCAAGAUGGGCACCCCAGUGAUCGAGGCGGAGGUCGUGGAGGAGGGCGAGGUGGCCGUGGAGGUCGGGGUGGCCGUGGUGGGCAAGGUGGUGGCUGGGGAGGAAGAGGUGCACAGAACUUUAAUCAAGGUGGGCAGUUUGAGCAGCAUUUCCAGCAUGGAGGUUAUCAAUACAAUCAAUCUGGAUUUGGACAAGGAAGACACUUUACUAGCUGAGGCUACAAAGCUUCCUUUUCUUGACAGAGCUCAUGUAAUAGAAGUCCAUUACAAUUUUCCUUUUCAAAUUAGCACCAGAUCGUGUGUGGAAGGCUGCUUUCAAAAAAUGAUCGCAUAGCAGUUUGCCGCUGCCUAAAAUCUAAGUGCUGCAAUGCCUCUCCAGGAUUCUCAGAACUGUAGAGCAACAGCCAUGUUUUUUGUUUUUUGUUUUUGUUUUGUCUUGAGAGUAUCUGGAGACCAGGAGUAUCUGUCGGUUCACACCUGUAAUGUGCUAACCGGAAAAUCGUUUUUGCACAGGCUCUUUUUCUUUCAUAACGUCUUACACUGUUCAAACCAUUUUGAAUAUUAUUUUGAACCAUUCUAUGAUUCUUGCUUCCAAUCUGUAUUGUAAAGCUGUAGACAAGUGAGAAGUUACUGGGGCAUAAGCCCCAUUGGAGUCAGUUGGACUUAGGCAUUUGUAACCUGUGCAGAACUGCAGCCUACUUCAAUAGACUUCCACUUGUCUAUAAUAUGAGCUCUAUUGCUGAUGACUUGUUCAGUAGCCUUAUCUCCCAUUGAUCAAAAAGACUAUGUCAUAGUCAAGUUUGGAGACCCCGACCCCGACCACUGCCAUACCAUGCAUAUCCAACUAAGCUAAGAUGUGAACAGAUAGUAUAUGCAGCCCCGUGCUUCAGUGUAAUUCAAACUGACUUUCAUCCAUCAGAAACCAGUUGGUCCCCCAACCAGCCUAAUUUUUUUCUUACUUGAAAUUAGCUAGCAGUAAUGGCAGUCUAAAAUUGGUUUUAUGCACGCGUUAAUACCACUGAUCAACAAAUGCAGGAUGACUUCAUUUUGGCAUUUUCUUUACAACAAAAUGCCUUCAACCGGGUUUGUUAUACUUUUCUUUACUAAAAAUCCCAUCAGUGCACCUUGCCUGGGGUUUUUUGUGUGUGUGUGCGUGUGUGUACAGAAGCGUUGUCAAGCUGUGAAAGAAAAUGGCUGAAGGUGUGUUAUUGCAUAAAAGGUGAGCAAUAAAAGUAUGUGUUCUCCUGUU